CUCUUCCUUCUCAUCACUCUGCUUCGUUUUCCAGAUCUCACGUUCCCCGUCUGCUUCUGAGGCUCCUGCUUGACUUCUGCUGUUAGUAGAUUGCGAGAUUUAGUUGCAAUGGAGGCGAAAAAUGGUAAUGACAGUUUGAGCUGUGAUCCUUUCUCUGUGAUGCCGUAUGAUCAGUGGGUUUUGAUCAAUUGUUCGGGGUCACGCCCACCAGGUCGUUAUAAGCAUGCGGCAGAAGUGUUCCAAGAAAAACUCUAUGUUGUUGGGGGCAGUCGCAAUGGUCGAUAUUUAUCAGAUUUUCAGGUUUUUGAUCUUAGAACUUUGAAAUGGUCUCAGUUGAGGCUAAAAGUAGAUACAGAUGGUUCAAACCCAGAAGAUGGUGCGUCAGAUUUAUCCUUCCCAGCUUCUGCUGGUCAUAGUUUGGUCAAAUGGGAAAACAAACUUUUGGUUAUAGCUGGACACCAAAAAAGUUCAUCAGAUACUGUCACAGUUUGGUCAAUUGAUCCAGAAACUGGCAGCUGCCAUGUAGUGAAGACUAAUGGAAAAGUUCCGACAGCCCGAGGAGGGCAAUCUGUAACAUUGGUUGGCUCCAGAGUAAUAAUGUUUGGUGGAGAAGACCGUAAAAGGCGGCUGCUCAAUGACCUUUACAUUCUUGAUCUAGAGACCAUGUCUUGGGAUGUACUAGAAGUCAAGAAACAAUCUCCAGCCCCUAGAUUUGACCACACUACUGCAGUGCAGGGUGACCAGUACCUUCUAAUUUUUGGUGGUUCUUCUCAUUCUACCUGUUUUAAUGAUCUUCAUAUACUCGACUUGCAGACUAUGGAUUGGGCCCAGUCAGAUAUUCGUGGUGCUGGGGUUAGUCCUAGAGGUGGUCAUGCUGCUGUUGCCGUGGAUGAGAACUGGUUUAUAGUCGGUGGUGGAGAUAAUUCUAGCGGUGCUCCUGAGACUCUUGUAUUGAAUAUGCCAAAGCUUGUGUGGUCGAUAGUCACAAGUGUAGGGCAACGAGAUCCACUUGCCAGUGAGGGCCUUACUCUCUGCUCUGCUAUGAUAGAUGGAGAGAAACUUCUAAUUGCAUUUGGUGGCUACAAUGGGAAGUACAACAAUGAGAUUUUUAUUUUAAAAACCAAGAAACUGGACUCAACACAGCCUCGACUUCUUCAGUCAACAGCAGCUGCUGCAGCAGCAGCUUCUGUUACUGCUGUUUAUGCAUUGACAACUGCAGCUGACAAAGAAAUCACAGUGAUUGCGAAAGAGGAAAAGCCCAAAAAGGUGCAAACCCAGGAAUCCACAAAGGUGGUUGCAAACUAUGAUGCACUUAGUGCAGAAAAUAAGAUUUUGGAGUCCAGGCUUAUGGAAAUACGGGCGGAAAACUUGAAGCUUAGGGGCAAUAUUGAUGAAUUGAAUAACUCCCACACUGAACUAUCAAUAGAACUGCAAUCUGUGCAAAAUCAACUGGCUGCUGAGAGCUCGAGAUGUUUAAAAAUAGAGGAACAAAUUGCAGAAAUGCAGAAGAAGUUAUUGUCCCUCAACUCCAUAGAGCAGGAGUUAGUAGCUCUUCGUGACCAAAAAACUCAGAUAGAAGUACAUUCGGCUGAGCUCCAGAAACAAAGAUCAGGAGGUGUUUGGAAUUGGAUGACUGGUGCUUCUUAGAACACAAAACAAACAUCUGAGUUCAAUCUCUUGCACCAGACCAGCUACCAAAUGGUUAGCACUUCCCUCCUGGAUUCCUUUAAUAUGUCGUAAAUACCACUCAUAUUAGCAAAAAAAAAUGAAAAUUCUCUUUGUUAUUUUGGAGAAAUACAAAAGUAAGCAAUCAAACAUCUAUUUGUAUUGAUAUUUUUUUUGGGUAUAAACAAACAGAUUUUGCUGUUACUUGUGAUGACAUAUUGCUGCAUUGAAUAUGUUCAAUCUGAGCAUAUAUACUUCUUUGAUUCAAUUAAUAAAGCCGCGUCUUCGGCAUGAAAUUCAA